AAUUGCCAUCACUAAUGUUUUCUGUCAUAUUGAGGUCCAUGUAAAUGCCUGGAAAGUAUGCGGUUGAAGAUGAGUGUGUUAAUUUAAAAAAAAUCUUAUCGUGACUGAGGGCAGUUCUGCAGUUACUGCAUGAUUCAGCAGUUCACUCUGUGUCCUGUAGAGGGCAGCAAUGCGCUUAGUAGCAGCUCCACUGCCUCAUGUGUAUAGAAGAAGAAGAAGAAGAAGAAGAAGACGACGACGAAGCCCAAAUAAACAGCUGAGUUCUGGACGAUUCAGGAGCAGCAGGUCUUGUUUGUGUGAGAUGUUAUGGGCGGACGCCUGUCUUAAGUUUGAGGUCACAGACGAUGUGGGCGGACUCCUAACUCGUGUCUGAGUCACGAAGGCUAUGGACUGUGGUUGCGCGCAUGCAGCAGAAUGGUUGCGGCGGCAGGGAGCGUCAGUCUUUCAGUCCUCUGCCUGCGGUGCGGAGGUUCCUUCAGGACAGAGGGACGCUGCCCUUACCCAGGCUAAUGGUGCUGUUCUCGGCCGCAGGCGCCGCCACCGAGGACGACGCCAUGUCCACUUCCGCCGAUGUGGAGGACGACUUCCGGAAGCCUGCAGCGUGCGAACAGGACCCGAAGGAGCGCUCUGCUGAUGAGUGUUAUUUGAUGUCUGAGACGGUUCAGGAUAUUUCAGGAGCUGACAGACAGGAUCUUGUCCCAGGCAUGAAGAGACCCAGAAUCAGCACUGCUGUUAGUACUAUGAGUUUUCCAGAAGUAAUUUCUCUGAAUGUGGGUGGCACGUACUUCACUACACGCCUGUCUACACUGCAGAGGUAUGAAGACAGCAUGCUGGCUGCCAUGUUUAGUGGACGUCAUUACAUUCCACGUGAUGCUGAAGGUCGUUUCUUCAUUGACCGUGAUGGGACCUAUUUUGGAUAUGCUGGACAGUCUUUCCACUCACACUCACCUUCAAACGCUUAUCCAAUAUUGGGUCAUGGGGGCUGGAGCCUAUCCCAGCAGUCACAGGGUGAGAGGCAGGUUUCCCCUGGACAGGACACUAGUACUGAUGCAUUUGUUGGAAAGAGCCUGAUCUCCUUUGAUGACAACAACGACAUUGUCAGGGCACAGGGUCACUAUCCUAUCAGCAAGGAACCAAAAGAGCUCUGUCUUGUUGUCGUUGUCUCUCAGGAAACUUCUCCAGUUCUGUGUGUGGAGUUUCCCAGUGUCACUCAGUGCCACAGGGAAAGACUGUUUUUCAUGUUGGAAAAACUCAAGCAGGUCACACUCUCACGAUUGGCAGGAUAUAAAGAGUUGCAAGACCAGAUGCCAAUCAUCUUUGAGUACCUGCUUCUUCAUGUCGCCAGAAGUUGCAGCUGCCUCUUGGCGAAAGAAGUCAGCUUUGUUCUUGUUGAUCAGUCUAUAGAAGGAAGCCUCAUCACCCAGACCAUUGAAAAAGUCUCUGAAGGCAACUUUACCUUUCUCAAGGCUGAGUCGUCAUCGUUGCUGAUGAGGACCACUACUGUUGUGUCAUCUGCAAACUUGAUGAUGUGGUUUGAGUUGUGUCUGGCACAACAGUCAUGGGUCAUCAGGGUGAACAGCAGAGGGCUCAACACACAUCCCUGGGGGACCCCUGUGUUCAUGAUGGUGGUCUGUGAGGAGUUUUUGCCAACUCUUACUGUCUGUGAUCUGUUGAUGAGCCAGGCUGAGGUGAAAUGCUGCUGCUAUGGCAUCAUCAGUGGAGCGCUUGGGACGGUACGCAAACUGGAAAUGGGUCAAAAGUGGCGGCAGUAUGAUGGUGGUGACUUUGAAGCAUUCUGGUAUGAUGGCUUGGCUCAGAGAGAUGUUGAAGAUAUCUGUGAGAACAUCUGCGAACCCCAGGUGUGGGUCAAUGAUGGCGUUGAGGUAUCUGAGGACAAGGUGCUUGAAGGUCUUCAUCACCGCAGAGAUAACCUGGAACGUAUUGUGGAAAUCGCUAGACUGAGAGCCACGCAAAAAAAAGCUCGGUUUGCCAAGCUGAAGGUCUGUGUGUACAAGGAAGAGACGCCCAUCACGCCCUAUGAGCGGCCUUUUUUCAACUCUCUGCACUUUGAGCGCUCAAACAGUGAGGCAAAGCUCUUUGAGCACCAAUGUGAGGUGGACGUGUCCUUCGGGCCGUGGGAGGCAGUGGCCGAUGUCUACGACCUGCUGCACUGCAUCGUCGGUGACUUGGCUGAGCGCGGAAUUGCCGCGGAGCACCAGUGCAUUGGUGUUUGUGACAAGCAUCUUAUCAACCACUACUACUGCAAGAGGCCCAUCUACGAGUUUAAGAUCACAUGGUGGUGAAGGAUUUCCCUUUUUUCGCCUCCUUCCGUGGCUGACCACACAUUCAAAGUGACAUCUUUCUGAGAGAUCAGACUGAUUUUUGCCAGAAUGGGGAGCGAUGUAUUUGAAAAACAUUGCAGCACUGUAUCACUUCCUCCGUUUCCACUUUCAUAAGCGCUCACACAUGCAUCUGAAGUUUAGAUGUAUGGUGUGAGCGCAUGUAGCGCACGCUCUGUGUGCACUGUUCACCUGUAAGUGCGCAGUAUCUUUAUUGUCAUAUAUAUAGGACAAGUUUUUAUAGCAAUUGUAUUGUUGAGUAAUAUAGUGGUCCCUCGCUAUAACGCGGUUCAUCUUUCGUGGCCUCGCAGUUUCGUGGAUUUUUUUAGUCCAAUUUUGCAUGCUUUUUUUUACAGCACAUUGUGUUCUGCGUCCUCAU